AUGUCACUCGCUAAACUUCCACCCAAUGCCAAAGUUGCAGUCUUAGGAGCCGGUAUCCUGGGUCUUUCAUUCACAUACUUCCUCCAUAAACUCCGACCCGACGUUCAGUUCCACAUCUUUGAAAAAUCCCCUCGAAGUGGGGGAUGGAUCAAUCUGUCCCACCUCCAUGUCAAAUCAACAAAUGAACAAAUAAUUUUGGAAAAAGGUCCCAGAACUCUUCGUGGAGUGAAGGAUGGAACUGUGAUCAUGAUCGAUAUAUUACGAAACUUGAACAAGGAGAGAGAGAUUGAGAUUAUGACAAAUGAUUCGAUCGCAAAUCGGAAAUAUGUCAUGAAUGCCCAACAACAACUCAUACAAAUUCCAAAUUCGUUCAUGAGUUUGGUUAAGUUUUUAAAAGGGAUGAAACUCAUGAAUGGGAGGUUGUUGAUUGGGAUAUUACGAGAGCCCUUCGUGCCGGUUUUGCAAGAGGAUGAGAGCAUUGAAGGAUUUUUCACGAGGAGGUUUGGGUCGAGUUUGUGGAUAGAUAAUCUUGGUAGUGCGGUCAUACAUGGGAUAUAUGCUUCUGAUGUUGCUAAGUUGAGUGUGAUGAGUACGUUGCCGGUUUUGAAGGAGAUAGAGAGGGAAUCUGGGUCUAUUGUGAGACACAUGUUGAAGUCAUUGUUUGGUCAGGUAAAGAAGAAGAAGAAUGAGGAGCGCGCGAAAGUUGUUUCUGAUGAAUUGACACAAUAUGAGAGGUUGAUCUCUCCAGAUGGAAAUAUGAAUGGAUUAUUGACAAAAUUGAAAGGAAUCCCAAUGAUAAAACUACAUAACGGAUUAGAAGAAUUACCAAGGGCGAUGACUAAUUAUUUAGCCAAUGAGAAAAACAUUAAAAUUCAUUACAAUUCACCAAUAAAAGAAAUAGAUCCAAUAUCUGGAAAAGUCAAUGGGGAAUCAUUUGAUCAUAUAAGAUCUACGAUAAAUACUCACGCUUUAUCAAAUGCUUUACCCAGCAACAAUCCAUUACGAGCAAAUUUAUCCUCCAUUGAAUAUGUGAAUAUCUUUUUAUGUAAUAUUUACUCUAAGAAGAAGAUAAUUCCUCUGGCAGGAUUUGGAUUUCUUGUUCCUAAGUUUGGCAACAUUUCAUUAAAUCCCCAAGCACAUCUCGGAACGAUAUAUGAUUCUGAUAUUGAGAAGAAUGUGAUUAGUUUAUUUGGUGAAAGAAACCAACAAGGGCAACAAGAAGGAUAUGAUAAAAUUACUAUUAUGUUAGGUGGACAUUAUUAUUCUAAUUGGGAAAUCCCAUCUAAAUCUAUAAAUUUACAAAUUAUCUAUGAAAUUUUGAAAUCUAAAUUGCGGAUUGAUUUGCAGAAAUUUAAUAUCAAGAUUAUUGAUGAAACAAUGACAAUUGAUACUAUUGAUGAAAAUGAUUUAAUCAUUUCUUAUAAUUAUCAUAAUAGUUGUAUACCAGUGUAUGGUGUUGGAUAUUUGGAUACGAAAGCAAAAGUGAUACAAACGAUCGAGGAUAAUCGCUAUAAGUUGUCAUUUGGAGGUACUGUAUUUGCCGAUGGUGUUGCUGUACCAGAUUGUGUGAGUAAUGCCUUUAAAGAUUCUAUGAAAUUAAUGUAA